UUUCUUGGUUUGUUUCAGUUUAUUGCAAAACCUUAGACUAUGGAGCUCCAACAGUGUCACACCUCAAAACAUAAAUGUACAUUUAAACAACAGCUUAAAUGUGUCAACAAUCAAUGAAAUUAAAAGCAAACAGAUAAAUAAUGUACUAGCUAUAUUAUUAAACAAAUGUACUUAAAAAUUAUAUGGUUUUUAUUUACAAUUAUAUAAAGAUAUAAUAAUUUCGAGGUCAUGUUGCAGCACAUUCAUCUAAUUUGUAAUAGAGCUUUGCUCAAGAUAAUUGGUCAGAAGUGAACUUGAUUUUCAGGAUAACCAAUCAGAAAUCAGGGAUUUUAUGCCAAGUGACAGUAAAAAUUAUAUCUGAAUUUAAAUCAACUACUUCAGUUUAUUUUCGGUUUAACUAUUGAUUUAAGAAUGUAUUGCAAUUUCUAGAUAAUUGUGACUGCAUUAAUUAAUUAAUUAAUUUUCCUGUUUUAUUUGAAUCAUUGCAUAUAAAUUAUUUAUUUGUUACAUUUUGGGAUUAUAGAUUAUAGUUAACAAAAUGCUUCUCAUGAAACCUUUAUGCCAUUAAAACUAUACUGGAAAAGACUGGAUUUCUCAAUUUUUUUUCAUAAUUAGCAGUAUUAAUUAGAAAUGCACCAAUCAGGCUUUUUUAUGGCCAACACCGACUUCCGGUUUUCUUUGGGUCGGAAUCACAAUCGUUUUGACCUAAUAUUUUAAUCCAGGACUAUAAAUUGCUGUAUAAAAGAAAAAAUAUGUGCUGCAAAUUAUUUGGUAAACGUAGCAUGUUUGACUCAAAUAGAAAAUGGAGUCACAAGAUUAUCCCCGUUUAAUGCAUCACAGCAUAUGUCCCUAAUCUUUAUCCAAUUAUUAUUAGGUAAAAAAUGUAUACAAGUGCAUGGUUUCGGAUGAUGCAUUUACGGAUAGAAAUGCUGUGAGAUGUUAGGGUUGAAAACGAAAGGGGAAAUAAAUCUAAAUUUGGCCUACCGAUCACGGAUCUCUGGCCGAUUGAUUGUUGCGUCUUUAGUUUCAAUUUAAAAGCGCAAUAAUGUUUGAUUAAAACGCACAAAUCCUUAAACACCUGAAAAACUGUGCACAACAUAUGCUGCGGCCUCUUUAAGACAUCCGAGCAAAACAACUGUCCUGAUGGUGGAGGAGGGAGGAGGAGGAGAAUGAGGGAUGAGAGGGAGGGUUGGCUGGUUGGAGGACCGAAUGGCUGCCUUUUUACGCUGUUACGCAGAGGGCAGUCUCACCUGCUGGAACGCUUGCAAGUGCACUUCACCAUUCAGCACAACAGAGCCCUCUUUCAGCGCUCACCUCCAAUUAAUAUCCGAGCCAGCGAGGUCAGCGCUUUGUUGUUGUUUUCCUCUUUUUUUUUCCUCGGGUUUUCCCCGUUUUUUUCUGUCCUGCUUUGUUUUUGAUCCGAGGAGCUCGGUCAUUUUGCCAUGUUUCCUGCGUAUGGAAUGCCAGAGUAAGCGAACAAAGCGCAUCAAGUCUCGCCAGAGAGCUGCUUCAUAUCAGAAUCGCGGAUUUUGGUCAGUGAGUAAACUUCUCUGGAUAAUCAUCGGGCGUCGUCGACCAUUUUCUUCGUUGAUAGGCUUCCGUGUUUCUAAUCCACUUGGAUAGAGAGCUCUGUUAAAGAUGGAUAGGCUAAGCUUUUUCUUAGCCAGACGGAUUGGCAUUUAAUUUAGGAAACAGUCGAUCCCACUGCUGGACAGAAAUAAUGGCAUGAUUUUGGAUAGCACCGGACGCGUAAUUGGUUUCCUGGGAGUUGAUGCUUAAAUUCAACAGAACAGUCCUGUAAGAACAACCGUUUAAUUUCCCUAGACUCGAAAAUUCUACAUCUCUAAAAUCUAGAGAGAUCAUCACUGAAAUAAACUAUGGAGCACACUGGGAUCGAGGAGGUGAACCAGACGCACCAGCAGCAGCAUGAGCCCAUCAGCUUCGGAAUUGACCAAAUCCUCAACAGCUCGGACCAGUCCAGCGGGUGCAUGCUGCCCAACCGGACCGGCGACCCGGAUUACGCGUUGGCCCCCAACGUCUACAGCAGCGGCUACAACAGCGUCUACAACCCGGCCUGCUCCUACAACGUCAACAUGAACAUGAACGUCAGCAUGAACAUGAACGUAAAUGUGAACUCUGGGAACUCGGGCGGGGUGAUCCGGGUGCCGGCGCACAGACCCAUGCCGCCUCCGCCUCCACCGUCGGCCGCUGCCGCGCCUCAUCCGCCCCCUGGAAUCCCCACUGUGCCCGGGAUGGGAAUGGGAAAUCCGGCGAACUUCACCUUCCCGUGGAUGGAGAGCAGUAGGAGGUUUGCCAAGGACAGACUAACAGGGGAGGAGGCAGAGGAGAGCCGAGCUGGGGAGGCCACAGGGGGGCCAGAGGCUGCCGGGUCCCUCUGUCCUCUCCCCAAGGGAGACAUCGGCAGGGUCCCUGUCUGGAGCACGGUGGAGACAUUAGCCAAAUGUUAUUACCCCGAGCUUGCUCACCUGAGAGACAGCAAUGGUCUUCUGGCAGACUAUCCUUUUCCAAAGGGGGCUUGCCCAGCCGCCCUCUCACCCUUCUCCGUGACCCGUCGCAUCGGCCACCCGUACCAGAACCGGACGCCGCCCAAGAGAAAAAAGCCCCGCACCUCCUUCAGCCGGGUGCAGAUCUGCGAGCUGGAAAAACGCUUCCAUCGGCAGAAGUACCUGGCUUCGGCUGAGCGUGCCACUCUGGCAAAGGCCCUCAAGAUGACAGAUGCACAAGUCAAGACCUGGUUUCAAAACAGGCGGACAAAAUGGCGGAGACAAACUGCAGAGGAAAGGGAGGCAGAGAGGCAGCAGGCCAACCGGCUGAUGUUGCAGCUUCAGCAGGAAGCUUUCCAGAAGACGUUGAGCCAGCCGCUCCAGCCGGAUCCCCUCUGCCUGCAUAACUCCUCCCUCUACGCCCUGCAGAAUUUGCAGCCUUGGGCAGAAGACAAUAAGCUGUCCGUCUAAAAGAGAAGAGGGCACUUUCCCCACUAAGUGCCAGGAAACAAACGGACACCUCUGUACAUGCCCAACUACCAAGACUGACCCCUCAUUUGCCUCCGGACCCCCCCCCCCCCCCCCCUGCAAGGCAGCAGGAGGCUCAUUGCCAGUGAUGGAAAAUAUACAGCCUCCAUUUUUUUUGCUUAUGACUUUGUACAAUGUAGUAAAAUGCAUGUUUCAAUCCUUUUCUGUGUGCACUCAGAGGAACCACUGAAGUCAGCUGUGGUCGAGGUGGAUCUCCUCCCCAGCUGCAGUGCUCAACAUGUAGUGGAUUGGUCCUGAUAAUGGAUUCCUCAUUAUGUUAAAAUCAAAAGUGUUUUAUAUUAAAAGAUAUUGUGACUUUUCGAAACGAUGA